UGGAGAUGCUCUAACUAGAUUUAAGUUGGAUUACAGUUAUUGGAUAUGGAUAUCCAUCCAUUGUCAGGUCUAGUUAAACCAUUUUACACACUCCGCUCUACUCCCGGAAGAGACGAUGGCGGAGGCGACGCCGACGAUGGUGUUCGUCUACGGCACCCUAAAGCGCGGGUUCCCUAACCACUCGCUCCUCGUGGCCUCCGCCACCCCCUUCGUGGGAGCCGCAUCCACGGCCGGGCCAGCCUCCCUCAUCAUCGGCCCCUACUCGGUACCCUUCCUCCUCCCCACUCCCGCCUCCGCCUCCUCCGGUCGUGUCGUCUCGGGCGAGCUCUACGCCCCAUCCCCCGCCGCGCUCGCCGAGCUCGACGCCCUCGAGGGCACCCACAUCGGCGUCUACGAGCGGCGCCCGAUCACCGUCGUGGUCGACGGGUCGGGCGAGGUGGUGCAGGCGGAGGCGUACUUCGCGCACCCGAGCUACGCGGAGGCGCUCUGGCGGCGCUGCGGCGGUGAGGAGGCCGAGAUUGGAGAGUACACCGUGGACCAUGCCGGCGAGUACGUCCCGAAGAGUGAGCGCCUUGCCGACGCUGCUGGGCUUAUUGACGCCAUCCAUAGGUUCGUCGCCACUGCCACGGACAACCGACGUCGUGCUCACGGAUUACUACCAUAGUUCAGUGAAUAUGUCACGUGUUUCCUCUUUUCCUGGGCUAGUGCUUCGGUUGCAGCUGAGUCUGUCACGAACUGUAAUUCAUCCUGCAAAUUUGCAGACACUGCUUUUAGGCUAUGCAGGUCGUCGUAUUAUGUAUUCAGCAUGAUUGAAUCCGAGUUUUACGAAUGAGAAAUGUUAUACCACACUUUGUUUGGACA